CAUGAGUCUCCGUCCUCGUCCUCGUCCUUGUCUAUAUAAACCAGCCCCUACCUCAGACACGCACACACACACACACACAACUUCAAGCUCACAUUGGUCCUCUUACCAGUGACGAUGGCCGGCGGACAGCGGCAGCGUCGGUGGGGGGCGACGGACGUGGCGUCGUGGUGCGCCCUGCUGGCGCUCGUGAUGGUCGUUGGAUCGCUCGCCGGGUCGGGGGACGACGAGGAGCAGUACGACAGAGGCGGGCGCCGCUUGGUGGUGCGCGGGGCGCGGCUGGCGGCGGCGCGGCCGUGCGACGAGCUGUACGUGGUGGCGGAGGGGGAGACGCUGCACAGCAUCAGCGCCAGGUGCGGCGACCCCUACAUCCUGGAGCACAACCCGCACGUCCACGACCCCGACGACGUCUUCCCCGGCCUUGUCAUCAAGAUCACGCCGCGCGCCGCCGACUCCAACUCCAACUCCAACUCCGGCGACGGCGGUGGCGCCAAGAAGUGAAGUGAAACGGCACCAGACCACGCGCAGACCUGUAUGUGUAUAUGUAUCGCCGGGAACCUCUCCUGCCGAUGGAGCGCGACGGCGACGACGCGCCGACGACGUGAGCGGUCGGGCACGGACAGGAACGCUCUCGUUGUGUUCCAGUCGUGUCCUCUGCCUUGUACAUCCUGCAUCUGAAGAGAGCUCGACUACGAGCAGAAAUAAGAGGUGGCACUGCUGUAAAUCCCUGACGUGCCCGGCCCGGGACACUGUCGUCCUGAUUUGUUUCGUUCCGUUUCCUUUGUUGGGCUUGGGCUAAGCAACGAAGAGAGGAAGUGUGAACAUGGUAGGACGGUAGGUGGCUGCGCGCCGCCGUGGCUGUGCCGGUGAACGCCAUUUCAUUCGCAUACGGGAGCGGUAGUAUUGCCGUGGUCUAUUUAGGGGUGUUUUGUUCUUGUUCUAUUCCAAGAAAAAUUGGAUUUUGGUUUAUUAUUUUGUAUAAUAAAAUUAAACAUCAUGUAAAAUUUUUGGUAAGAAGGUGGUUAUUUUCUA